CGAAUUCAAUCUGCUUGCAUGAUUUUACAUAUACACUAAAAUUUCAAUUUGUAAUUCAUAAUCUUUAUACAUCUUCUCAUCUAAUUUUGUUAAAUUAAUAUCCGAAUUUUCUUUUGGGAAUCAACCAAAUCGCCUGAGAAAAGUUAUUUUGCAUCUCAAGUUCGUGCCAAGACUUUGGAGGAGGAUGCUUGUGGCAAUAUGAUGAAUCAAGGAGUGGACGGCACCAUAACCGCAUUGGACCCAAAUUCAGUCGAGCGUCUUGCCGUUGAUCCAAGUCGUGGGCAAGCACCUUCAUAUUAUGUUCCAUCUACUGGCUCUGAAGCUGUAUCCUGGACAACCCAUGGAGCUGCUAAUGGCUCUAUUCAGAAUGGCAUUGAUUCCAGUUCCAGCAUCAACCAUGAUCAAUAUGCGGAACCUCACUUGAAAAACAUUCAGGAUGGAGUGACUGCGAUGUCUGCUGCCUCCACUUCAAAUUCUGGGACAGCUAAUGUACCACAAGAAUAUGCCAGCUAUGCGGCAUACCCAGGUGCUGAUACAUAUGGAUAUGGAAGCACAGCAUAUGCAGGUUACAAUGGUGGCUAUCGGCAGCAACCAAAUCAAUCAUACCCUCAGCAGCAGUCCAAUCAAUCAUAUCCUCAGUCUGCAGGAGCAUAUCAAAGCACAGGUGCUCCUCAUCAGCCUAUUUCCUCAUUACAGAAUACAGGGUCCUAUGAUGGGUCUUCCAGUUACUCAACCACUUACUACAAUCCUGCUGAUUAUCAGACAUCUGGUGAUUAUGCGGCUGGGACUUACAGUAAUCAGAUAAACUUGUGGAAUCAAGGAGGCUAUGCAAGUUAUGGGCAUCAGUAUCCAAGCUACCCUGCAGAAACUAACGGUGCUUAUACCGCUCCCAGUGCUGCUGCAAUACCUCUCCAAUAUCAACAAGAGCACAGACAAUGGGCAGACUAUUACAGCCAAACAGAGGUUUGCUGUGCUCCUGGUACGGAAAACACAUCUGCUACUAGCAAAUCUAGUCUGGGCUGUCCCGUUCCUGCUGUUACCAGCGUGUAUUCUGCUCCAACCAACCAGCAGGUGGCAUCCUCUGCCCCAACAUAUUGGGUUCCAGAACCCAGCACAUUGGAUGUGCCUUCAGUACAGCCUAAUGAAGUAAUUACCAAUGUCCAUGAUGAACACUGGAAACAUGGGCGUCAAGGUUUUCAAAAUUAUCAUGCUAAUUCCCUGCAGCCCAACAUCCAGAAGUCGCUAGAUUUGAAUUCUGCUCCUGUAAGCUUUCAGGAUUACCAAAAGCCUGAAUACCCUCAUGGACCAGGUUUACAGUAUUCAGCUACUCAUCAGGUGCCCCAGGAUUAUCAACCACCUGUACAGGCCGCUCCGCAAACUGCUGUACCUUUUGAUUCAGGCAGGGUAAGCAAAGUGAAUAUUCCAACAAACCCCAGAAUUGCUUCAAAUUUUCCAAUGGUCUUGCCCAGAAAUGAUAAGCCUGCAAUGGGUGGAGCAACAGAACCGGCUUAUGUCAGUGUCUCAGUACCAAAGCCUAAUGAUGAAGUGCCAUUGCAUGUUGCUGGUGAUUCUGUGCUUAAGCCUGGUGUGCUGCCCAAGUCACUACGUGGAUAUGUAGAAAGAGCUUUGGCUCGUUGUGAGGAUGACAGACAGAUGGCAGCUUGUCAAGAUGUCCUGAAGGAGGUCAUUAAAAAGGCAAAUGCUGAUGGUACUCUUUUGACACGAGAUUGGGACACCGAGCCUCUUUUCCCAUUUCCUAACAAGGGUGUGGUUAAUAAUGAUCCUUUGAAUCAUUUAACUCCUGUCUCAUCACUGCUGAAGAAUAGAAGUCCAAACAGGCGUACAAAAAGUAGGUGGGAGCCAUUACCGGAGGAGAAACUGCGCGAGAAACAAAUAACUUCUACUCCUGAAAGUUUAAAAUCUAGUGGGGCCAUUCAUCACAAUGAAACGAACCAUCAGUUUUCAGCAGGAAUGCCACGGACCAAGGAGAAUAAGUUUGGCAAUCAAAAAUUCUAUGUACCAAAUCAGAAAGCAACAAACAGAACUUCUUUCAGGCCAGCUAAGAGGCAGCGUGUCGGUGAUGGUGUGGGUGGAUCCAAUAAUGGUGAUUCAUCCAGUGACAGUGAUAAAGAGCAAAGUCUGACUACAUAUUAUGCUGGUGCAUUUUCAGUUGCAGAUUCACCUGAGGAAAAAAAGAGACGUGAAAGCCGCUCAAAACGUUUUGAAAAUAAUCAUGUCAAACGGUCAGCAAAUAGUCAUAUGCAACCCAAAAAAGUUGGAGAUGGGAACUUUUACACUAGAAGGGCAUCUGCUCUAGCAAUUAGUAAAAUCAUUGAUGAUGGUGCUGGCAGGGCUGUUGAGGAUAUUGACUGGGAUGCUCUUACUGUUACAGGAACUUGCCAGGAAAUCGAGAAACGCUACUUGCGCCUCACUUCUGCUCCAGAUCCUGCCACAGUAAGACCUGAAGAAGUAUUAGAAAAAGCAUUGGUUUUUGUUCAAAGUUCUCAAAGGAACUACCUUUAUAAGUGUGACCAGUUAAAAUCUAUCCGCCAAGAUCUUACAGUACAACGGAUACGCAAUGAGCUGACUGCCAAGGUCUAUGAAACUCAUGCUCGAUUAGCAAUAGAAGUUGGAGACCUAUCAGAAUACAAUCAGUGUCAGUCACAGUUACAGACUCUGUAUGCUGAAGGAAUUAGGGGAUGUCAUAUGGAAUUUUCCGCGUACAAUCUGCUCUGUACUAUUUUGCACUCAAAUAAUAAUAGAGAUCUCCUAUCAAUGAUGUCUAGAUUAUCAGUUGAAACAAGGAAAGAUGAUGCUGUCAAACAUGCUCUUGCAGUUCGUGCAGCCGUGACGUCUGGGAAUUACGUCAUGUUCUUCAGAUUACACAAGACUGCUCCCAACCUGAAUACUUGCCUCAUGGAUCUUUAUGUUGAGAAGAUGAGGUAUGCAGCUGUGAAAUGCAUGACUCGUUCUUAUCGUCCUACACUUCCAGUAUCUUAUGUAGCUCAGAUCAUGGGGUUCCCAAUAGCUGAUGACAAAGAAAAAGAAGGGUUGGAAGAGUGCAUAGAAUGGUUAAAGGCUCAUGGUGCAUGCCUUUCUUCAGACAAUUCUGGAGAAAUGAUGCUUGAUGCUAAGGCAUCGUUGGCAUCCCUUUUCAUGCCAGAACCAGAUGAUGCAGUAGCCCAUGGAGAUGCGAGUCUAGCUGUUAACGACUUUUUGACGCGUUCGUCAUCAUGACCAACCAUUUGGGAAUUCUAAUUUGCUAUAAGAAGGAACAUAACAGAUACUGGGGAACCAACCUGAAACUUAUUAUGCAUCCAGAAAAGGGAUAUAUUGAAAAUGAUAUAGAGGGUCAUUUUGUUUGUAGGUGGUGAUGAUGGUUAAUGUAAAUGGUAGAUCAUCUAAUUUUGGUGUCAUAACUCAGUUGUUUCAACGAAGAAGCUUGUAAAUGAAACCCUCCCUUUGUCACACUAAUAAUACAUUUGGAAAAUGGAGUCUAAAUUUAUUUCA